AUGGAUCAGCUCACACUUUCAUUUCGAUUCCUACUAACACUUCACCUAUUAGCAUCAGGGGUGGCAUCAACAACGUUCACAUUAGUUAACAAAUGCGACUACACAGUGUGGCCAGGCAUUCUCUCCAACGCAGGAGUUGCGUCACUUUCAACCACCGGUUUCGUUCUGCAAAGCGGUGAAUCCAAAACCAUAACCGCACCCACUUCUUGGGGGGGCCGCUUCUGGGGCCGCACCCUCUGCACCCAAAACGUCUCCACCGGAAGAUUCUCCUGUGUCACUGGUGAUUGUGCCUCCGGCAAGCUCGAAUGCGCCGGCAAUGGAGCCACGCCGCCGGCCACCUUAGCCGAGUUCACUCUCAACGGCGCGGGAGGACUCGAUUUCUUUGACGUCAGCUUGGUCGACGGCUACAACGUGCCGAUGCUGGUGGUUCCCCAAGGUGGCUCCGGCGACAACUGCACCGCCACGGGUUGCGUUGGGGAUCUCAACGGCCCGUGUCCUUCGGAGCUCAGGGUUACGAGCGUGGAUGGGAAACAGAGCGUGGCGUGCAAGAGCGCGUGCGAGGCUUUUGGGUCGCCUCAGUAUUGUUGCAGCGGUGCGUAUGGCUCACCCAACACUUGCAAGCCUUCGGCUUACUCGCUCAUGUUCAAGAACGCUUGCCCACGCGCCUAUAGCUACGCGUACGAUGAUAAGACGAGCACGUUUACGUGCGGUUCUGAUGCCGCUUAUGCCAUCACUUUUUGUCCUUCAGCUAACAGUAAUCCCAGUCAGAAAUCGUGGCAGGGGCAAAAUCCAAAACCAGAUGGUAGUGGGAGUGGUUCUUCUUCUGCCUCAGCAUCGCCGCAGCUUAACAAUGGCACAAUGGUGUAUGUAGGCGCCAUGGAUGAAAGUGGGAUACCAUGGUCCGCGGGUACGCAUGUGUGGGAAUCCAAUGCCAUUGCCAGCAUUGUCAGCAUUACCGUGGCUAUUUGGCUGUUGUGCCAGCUCUACUAACUAGUUCUCCCUUCAGCAUUUUUCUCAGAACUAGGCCCAUGAAUCACGUUUAUAGGCCUAAAAAUAUGCAUGGGACCCUGUAUAUAUCAUCGUUUCUCUAAUUUACGAGGCCAUGUGAGUUUGAGUAGGGGCCACAGGUUCACCCACGUCCACAAGCAUGCGAGUGGGGAAGAAAUGCAUCUUUCGAUGGAAGUCCACCACCUACAAGUGUCGUUAUGUUUCUGUCAUGGAUUCAAAAACCCAUAAUUGGAUGUUAAAACUGUUACUGUGGCUCUAAAUGGUGAAGAUCCCCCGAAAUUAUACUGAUUAUACCACACGGAGGAAAGGCAUUGGGGCAACUAAAAUGAGUUUUUUACUACAAUUUUCUCUUUUAGAUGGUUAUACUGUAUAAUUCUUUGUAUUGUGAGCGAUGGUAUUCACUUAUUGGUUCGGAAUUGUAAUCAAGUAACGU